UAGGUUAAAUGAGAAAAACACCGAGCAGCGUCGACCUCAAUGACAAAUUGAAAUAGGCCCACUUAGCUAGGUACGUGACCAAAGCAUCUCAAACUAACGUUACCUAGCUAGUUUAGCUAAAUGAAUUGUUCUGUAAUUUUCGCUGGUCAAUAAACAAUAAAAUACGAACUGUGGUCCUUGGAAUUGCGUGGGAAUAAUCUCUUCCUGCGGUUGUCAGUUGUUAGCUAGCUACUGGUCUUUCGUUUCGAGGUCAUCCUCACCAGUGUGUGUCGAGUUAGCUAACGUUGCAGCACGCUUUUUAGAGACUAGGCUUGACUAGGUAGCCAACUACACAGCUCGUUAACAAUUUAGCUAACGUUUGUUGAAAGUCGUCUCCAGUUGGAAGAGAGCAGACAUGAAGAAUCUUCCGUAUUUCUGCCGGGGGGAAGUCGUUCGAGGAUUCGGACGAGGAAGCAAAGAACUAGGAAUUCUCACAGAAAUGAAUUUUCUUCAGGAUUGCUCUGUCUUUGGCCAGCUUCUCCAUGAACUCCUGGCAGGGGAGGUUGAAGUUUGUCUUCACAAUAAGCAUGGCCUUGAUGCCAACUUCACAGACUCUGUGGUGGAGCUCCUGCCUGGCGACAUCAGCACAGGAAUCUACUAUGGCUGGGCGUGCGUGGACAACGGAGACAUCCACAAGAUGGUGAUGAGCAUCGGCUGUAACCCUUACUACAACAACGCCAAGAAAUCCAUGGAGACUCAUGUGAUCCACACGUUUAAAGAAGAUUUCUAUGGCCAGAUCCUCAGUGUAGUCCUGGUGGGAUACAUCCGUCCAGAGAGGAGCUAUGACUCACUUGAUGCCCUUAUAGCAGCGAUCAACCAUGACAUUGAGGAGGCCAAAAGAAAGCUGGACCUCCCUGAACACCUCAAACUCAAAAAGGACAACUUCUUCAUUGCCUCUGCCAGCUCGUCCAUGACGUCGUCCAACAAGAUCACGAAGGGCCACUGACCUCUAAUCACGCAACAACUCUCGCAUUGCUCAUCACUUGGUAAAGUCGCUGUCGCAAGUAUCCAUCCAAAUGUAAUUUUUCACUAGGCCUAGUGACCUGGCCGGCAGAGGCCUUGCUUGUAUUUUAGUGUGGAGCAAACAUGAACCACUGACGUUAAGGAGUGCCACGAUUACUUCAUCAAAAAGAGGCAAGUGAUUUUUACAAACACUGCUUUGGGUGUUCUCCAUUGCCGUUUGAAUGACUGGGUGGCUCUCCUGUCUGUUAUGCUCUUUCUUUCUCUCACAUAUAAUAUAUAUAAAAUAUACUGCCAAUAUGUUACUUUUUGGUGCCAAAUGACAUGAUCCUGGUAAUGUGCAACUCCAGGAAUUGAAUGUCUGUUGAGAGGAGCCCUGUACCACCAAAUCCACUGCUAAAGGUGGCAGGUUGCCUCGUGGUUAGAGCGUCGGUCAAGUAACUGAAAGGUUGCUGGUUCAAAUAACUGAGCACAUGAGGUGAAAAAUCUGUCAGUGCCCUUAAGCAAGGCACUUAACCCCCACUUGCUCCAGGGACGCAGUACUAAUAUGGCUGUCCCUGGUCAACACUGUUCCCUGCACCUAUCCAGCAUAUGUGACAAAAUGUCCUUUUGAAAUGAAUGGUAAUUUUGUAUUGUUUAGAAUUGGGGUUCAGCCUCAUGGCUUUGCACUUACUUUUUCCUCCUCUUCAUUUUCGGGUGUAUUCAAAAUGUCUGCCUUGAAGCAGAGAAGUCCUCUAUCUUGCAUUUGGCUAAAUAGUUGCAUUAUACACAGCACUGAAUUCAUCCACAUUAUUUUAUUUGAGAAACUGAUGUUCUUAUUUGACCUACACAAACUGCAUGGUUGGCUAAAGACAUGCUUGAAUGCAGCUUCCAGUUCUCUGAUUUCCUUAAUUUGUAUAGUUCCUCAUUGGUCAAAUCCAGCAUUCUCCCACCCCAGCAAUGAGGGCCAUUUUUAUUUAACACUAAAGAUUUGUCUGACAUCUUUUAAAUGGGUCCACAUAACUGUAUGUUGAAAGUUUCCAGAAUUGAGUUUUUACUUACUUAACCUUGUUUGGACCCUCAUUCCACUGAGAUAAGAGAAGAGUGAAGCCUUGUUCACACUGCAGGCCUUAGUGCUCAAAUCCGUUUUGGAGUAACUUGCUGUUUGGACAGUCUGUACAAGUGACCAAAUCAGAUUUGUGUGUUCAGACCGCAGUCUUUUGCUGACAUGGCUACGCAAGUUGUUACUAUGACAACGGGUGCGUGAGCAGUGGUGUAGGCUGAUUUUGUUGGUGGUGCUCAUGCUUCCUGUCACUCAGAAGUUGUAUAGCAAGCUACGAUGACACCAAUGCCUGCCAUGAACAUUUCCCAGUUGCUUUAAAUGUUCAAAAUCAGUGCAUGAGCACUUUUUUAAAAGCUUAAAGGAUAAGAUGACCCAACUUUCAAAACGAGUCCUUUUUGGCUAGCCCCAGCAGUCAACUAGCUAGUUAGAGGUAGCGUUCUAGUACAUUUUACUAAUUUGUUUGUAAACCAUUAAGCUAGUUAGCUACAUGUUCUUGUCAAUGUUGGCAAGCAACAAGACAUACCAAAUAAGUGUUAAAAAUAAUAAUGAUAAAAGAGAGCAAGUACAUCAGAUUUGACCAUUCAGACAAGUCGCAUGGCCCGGAAUCAGAUUUGUAGUUGAUUUCAAACCACCUAUUAAGGUUGGUUUGAAAAGUUGCUUCAAAUAUCUGAUUCCCUGUGCUUCUGGGCUGUUCAAACUUUAGAAGAAAAAAAAAACGUUUCAAAUCAGAUAUGCAAAAAACAAAAUGGAUUUGAGUCACUUCAAACUGCCAUUUAUGAACAAGGCUCUGAUUCUCUGCAGAUGGAUGUGGUGGGCAUGUGUGCAUUUUUCUUUCUUUGUCAUUUCAUCAGAGGACAAAGUGGACAGUGUUGAGCAUGCGUACAUAACGCUUUAUAAUUGAUAGAGGAAAUUAUGGUUGAAAUGACUAAUUAUGUAUACAUUCCAAUCAGAACUGACUAGUCCAAAUGCUAUAAUGUACUGUACAUGUGAAUUUUCUCUCUUGCUCCCUUUCCCAAUUGUAUAUAAUG